CCGUAACACGGGGAAGGGGCAGGCUGUCGGUCGGCUGGCACGGGACCCUCGUGGCCACUGCCGGGCGGAGGCGGGCGCCGGUGGGGCAGGGGUCCGCAGGGACACAGCAUAUGAUGUGUAGGUGCACAGGCACAGCUGUCACAUAUGUCUGUCCGGGUAGGGGGACCACUAGUACCAGCAUACCUUGGCAUACAGAACAUGUAGUGACCCAGCAGGUGGAGGGCCAUGAGGAUCCUUGGAAAAUCCGUCUUCCUGCAUCUCAUCCAUCAUGGCAGAGGGCGUCCAAGCCCCCGUAGUGUACCAGCACCAGUAUAUGUGCUCGGAGUGCGGCGUCCUCUAUAAUACCCUGGAGGAUGUCCUGCUUCAUCAGCAGAACCACAUGGGAGGAGGGGUGCAAGCCACCGUGACCCACGAUGUUUCCCUGGAGCUGGGAGAGCUGCAGAGCUUGGUCCAGGACGGCCAGUACCAGUGCUUAGAAUGCGGUCAAGUUCUCUUGUCUCCUGACGAGCUGCUGCAUCACCAGGAGAUGCACAUGAGGGAACUCACCCAGGCCCCUGCCUCUCCCUCAAUAGGCGCUAGUCAGAUCCAUUACCAGUGUUGUGAAUGCAAGGAACUCUUCACUUCUCCGGAGCUGUGGCUCGCUCACCGCCAGAAGCACGUAAAGCUGGAGCAGCAGCCUCAGCAGAGCGUCGUCCUACAGUCUGGUUCCAGCAUCCAGGCCCUGCUCAGCCUGCAGAAUGUUCUCUUAGAUGAGAGGACUUUAAAUGGUUGGGGAGUGGAGAUGCCAGCAGUGGUGGCAACUGCAGAACAUGAGGCUGUGUCAAGGUCAUGCCCCUCUGAGUCAUCUGAAAACCUGACCGUACAGGGAGAGCUGGUGCAACUCCCGGAGAUGCAUCCCUAUCAGUGCUCUGAGUGCAGCCAGAUGUUUCACACGCCUGAGGAAUUUCUGGAACACCAGGGUCGACACUUUGUAGAGUCUGAGAAAGAAUGCUCUGCGUCUCCGUUAUAUGGAAUCUCUGAAAAUGCUGCUCCCUCUCCCAGCAUUCUUGAGAAAUUGAGAAAAGACUGGAUGAUUGAGGAAAAGGAGGAGGCAACAGAAGAGAACUUGGGAGGAGUGCAAAGGGUUUACCAGUGCCAAGAGUGCAAGAAGAAGUGUGCCACUGCAGAGGAACUACGGAAACAUCGCAAAGAACACCAGACUGAAGAAUUUCCAUGCCCAGACUGUGAUCGUCUCUUUACCUCUGCUAACCGCUUGCAAUCCCAUCAUCGUGUGCACGUAGAAGGAACUUUGCAGUGCCCAAAUUGCUAUAAAGUGUUCAAGAAGGAGGCUUCUUUAGAGCAGCACAUGAGAGUACAUCGUGGGGAGGCUAUAUAUUUAUGCGUGGACUGUGGCCUAGGAUUUGGCACGGAGAUUACUUUGGUCUUGCAUCGGAAAAGCCAUACAGCAGACCCCUUGCAUCGCUGUCAGUGUGGCAGAACGUUCAGCAAUAUGACCAAAUUUCUGUAUCACAGAAGAACCCAUGCUGGCAAAAGCGGAGUUCCUAUGCCUAAACCUGAUAAACCCAGCUGCACAGAGAAGGAGAAAGUUCAAGAUCUCGCUGACCUUCUACCAACUUCGAUUCUUCCCUCUGUGAGUGUACCUGCACCAGAGGCGUCUCCUGUAACUGUACAGAAUGAUUUACAGAAGCCGGGGUCACAAGAAAAUGGGUGCAAUAUACAAGUUUCUGCAAAGGAACCAAAGACUGGGUUACAGUGUCAGGCCCAUAACUAUGAGUGCUCUCAGUGUAGCAAAGAAUUCCCAUCCCAUAUUAAAAUGGUGCGACAUAGGCGUGCUGUGCACGCCAUGGAGAGGAAGCACAAAUGCAGCGUGUGCGGGAAGCACUUUAAAAAGCCAGUGCACUUGCGGAACCAUAUGCGCACUCACACUGGCGAGCGCCCCUUCCAGUGUACAGUUUGUGGGAAGAGCUUUGGAUCCAUUGCCAAUCUGAGACGGCACUACCUCACCCACACUGGAGAGAAGCCGUAUAAGUGUGAGGUGUGUGGCCGUAGCUUCACGCAGAGGUCCAACCUGCAGCAACAUCGUUCUUUGCAUACUCUUUCCAGCCCAUUUCUCUGUAAUGAUUGUGGACUAGAAUUCAACAGAGCUUCAAAGCUUGCAUUGCACCAGUUCAGACACUUAGGAGUGUUGCCCUACAAGUGCCCAGACUGCGGUAAAAGCUUCCUGCGCAAAAAGUUAAUGCAGUUGCACCAGUUAGAGCAUCAGGGUAAAGCUCCGAUCUACUGCAAGGACUGUGGUGUAGUGUUCGAAGAAGAAUCACAACUUUCAGAACACGGGUGUCGGAACAAAAAAGUGAGCCCAUUUAUAUGCCCUACUUGUGGGAAAAAACUGAAUUCAAAUUCCAGCUUGACUCUUCACCUGCUACAGCACACCGGACAGAGACCCUUUAAGUGUCAUAUAUGUGGCAAAUGUUUUACCAGCCAAAGAGGGGUGCUACGACAUCAGCAGUGGCACAUGGGUGUCCGACCUCACAAGUGAAGUGUUUGUGGGAAGAGUCUUUAAUGCAUCUUUCAGUCUAUAGCUGCAUCAACAAACUCGUGCGGGUUAACGCCACUUAAGGGAGCGCGGCCAACUGCACGUGGGACAGGUGCCUUACCCCUACCAGGAUUGUGGGAAAUCGGCUGCCACAGUGGAGAGAUCAGCCACCUUAUUGCUCUAACUGCAGCAAGUGCUACAUCACACUGACCAACUUGUGCAGCCGGAGCAAAUCCCACAAGAAUCGCACAGACCGGCCCCAAUAGACAAUCGCGGGCACAGAGUUGGGCAAACGUGGCAACCAGUGAGUGCUUGGAACCUCUCCUGCUUACAGAGACUAUAGGAAUGUACUAUGCUGCCCUGAAGAUAAAUCUAAGUGGAAUUUGUGACUUAAUAAGGAACAUCACUGUUCAGUGUAAAUAAAAAAGUCUUUGUUUUUUUCAUGUCAUUAAGGCCAUAAACUGUAGUCAUUCCUAGAUGUAUGGACAGUUGGAAGUAAUUUAUAAUAAACAAUCCACCUUAUAACA